AUGCUCUCUGUUGAAGAGCUUGCUGGGUCUUUGGAGGCACACGAACAGCAGAGGAGAACAUUGUUUGAGUCACUUGAUCAGUAUUUCAGGCAAAACUUGACCUGUAGGGAGGUGUUUGGAAUACUCAAGGCUGAGGUGCUCCUGGAGGAAGAGCUAUGGACGAGGAGAGUUGCUAAGCACGCCAAGCUACCAAGCUUGGAUGUUGAACUGCCAAGUAAGAGCCUGGAAAUUGGUGACGGAAGCACAGAAGAGUAUCUACAUAGCUCGGUAGAGAGCUUGGAGGAGUUGAUGGAGAACUCGGACAGCUUCAUGGAGAUCGCGGAUAGGCCUAGUGUGAACGAGUUGUGGAGCGGCGAGAGAGGAACAACUUUGUUUGACAUGCAUGCUAAGUGUGGAAAAAUUGACGAGGCUGUUGUCGUUUUCAAUUCAAUGGAUGGCAAGAAUUUGCAGUUCUGCACUGUCAAGAUGACGGUUCUUGCUGAUUAUGGGAGACAUAAAGAUGUUAUCUCUUUGUUUAACCAUAUGGAGGAUAUGGGUCUGCAACCGGAGAGUUUGGUUUUUGCUGUGAUUCUCUUGGCCUGCAGCCACGCUGGACUCGUUUGUGAAGGGCGAAGGUAUUUUGAUCGGAUGGUGAGAAUGUAUAGCAUAAAACGGAGUGUUGAACACUAUGGAUGCAUGGUUGACUUGCUAGGAAGAUCUGGCUUGAUUCAAGAGGCAUAUGAUAUUAUCAAGGGCACGCCUAUGGAGCCAAAUGGUGUUAUAUUGAGAAGUUUUCUGGCAGCUUGCAGGGAUCACGGGUGGGUUCCUAGUUUGGAUGCUGAUCUUCUGUCUGAACUGGAGCAUGAGUUGGGAGCUGCUGCCAUUGAUCCAGACGGUCCAAUUCUUUCUGCUGACGACUUAGCUGAUCAAAUAGCCUAA